AUGGCCCAAAAGGGCGAUUCGCAUCACUUUGGCCCACGAGGGCACUUGGGCGCGGUUCAGGAUACCACGGCCACCCUGGUGUCGGGCCUCUACCAUGACUGUUCAGAAGGAGAUGGAGUCACCCUGAUGAGUUUCUGUCAUCUUCUGGCCCACCAACGCCUCCUCUCGUUGGACUUCGAUCACAAGUCGAUGCUCGAGUCCUUCAAGCAGCACACCGGUGGCCCACUCUAUCCAGAGGAGCCUCUGGAUAGCAGACUUCUGGACUCCAAGCAGUUUCGUCAAGCGCUGCAGGCACUGGCCAACGAGCACUACGGGGCUCAAUGGGGUCUGAAGAAGGCAGGUGCGGACACCUUGGAUCGGCAGACAACAGAGUCGGAAAGCCGACGCCCAAGUGCAAGUGCUUCCGGUAUGGAAAGGCGAGGCAGCAGGCUUUUCGCAGCUGAGAGCACCAACAAGAUCUCCGCGCUGCAGGACCUACUGCGAGAUGUCAGCUUACGCAACAGUGAGAUCCCUUUCAACAUCAAGACGGCACACGUGCUUACCGUUGCGCAGGCCAUUGUGAGCAGGUCCAUGGGUUCUUCAGAUGUGUUUCAGCUAGCAUGUCGGUUCAAGGCACCCGGUACUCACGGACAUUCGUGGAACGACGGUAUGGGCCAGCGUUCACUGCUGGCUUGUGCUGUUCUGAUGGUGUUUGGUUUAAUCUAUUCUGUGAACAGAGCUGUGCCAGAAGCUCGUGCGCCUUCAAGUCCUGAUUUUUCUGGUUCGGAGCCGUUCUCAGAAGAGCGGAAGGUUCACGUGACCGAGCCCUGGAAUUCGACAGCACGCAGCACUCUUCUCGUGUCAUCGGGGGCGAUUGCCGGCAGCCCAUUCAAGGUAGAGGAUAGCGAGCUGCGCCAGGAAAUGUUUCUGCCGGUGUUCCUGGAAGCGGACGUGCUGCACCGGAAUACUUAUCCUUUCAGACACAUGCCUACUUUCGAAGGCAAUUGGACGGUAACAGAUCCUGCGCACGCCGUUUUCUACGUCGUGUGCUGUGGUCCGAUCGACCGCAUGCUGCGUCUCCCACCACGGACACCCGAGCGACCUUACUUGUGCUACGACUGCGACGCGGCACUCACCAUCGGGAGGCUGCGCUUGACAGAGGUGAUAGGGCAGGUAGGCAUCAGCGUGCAGUUCCGUGAUGUCCUAGCAGGCGGCUGCUGGCAGAACUGUGCUGAUAUUUGGGCCUUGCUGUCCCGACGGGACUUCAUGUUUUCCUCGGCAGAUCUGCGAUUCUGGAACAAUGCAAACGAUUCGGCGCUGCUGCUACCUGGUGUGACCCAUGCUCACCAUCUUCCCUGGCCAGAGACACUGCGACAGUCCAGGGUGCCGCCGUCCAGUCCACCAAGGUAUUUCCUGACAUUUCAGGGGCUCUGGAAUGUUGGCAAGGGUGGCACGUCUUUUGUUCGCUUGAACAUGGCAGCUAUGCUAAACAGCACCAAUAAGCUGCCGAAAGCCAUGAAAAGCUGUGCCGGCGAACCUCUGCCCCUGCCCUCAGUGAGUUAUGAGCCUCCUUCGGAUGUCUUCAUAUCCAUCGCAGGCGAACAGUGGCAUUUCAAGGAGAAACGACAUUACUAUUCACUUUUCGAUUCUGCCUACAGCCUCGUCAUGCACGGCCAUGGCAGGUGGAGCUACCGGCUGAUGGAAUGCUUGAGCGGGAGAGCGAUACCGGUAAUUCUGGCCGAAGGUUGGUGUCUCCCGUAUCAAGAGUUGAUUGAUUGGGAGCAGAUCUCGGUCCAGCGACCAGAGGCCAUGGGCCUGGAUCCUCGUGCUUUGAUCGAGGGCCUGACACGCGAUCCUGAAAGGAUCAAUGCCACACGAAAGCGAGUCGCUGAGGUUUAUGACAAGCACUUUGGAACAUAUCAGAGCCGCAUCACUGCCCUGCUCCGUUCUGCUGCCCUUUGGAAGCAGGCCUGGCAGGAGAGAGAGAAGAGCACAUUGCGCAUGCUGGCGGAUGUGUUUGUGAAGGAGCAUCCGGACAAGGUGCUGAAGUACCUGUCAGCUGAUAGAGCAGACGAAGCUAGCAAACAGUGGCUCUGCAAGGAGAAACGAGAGAAGUAUGCACUUUUUGAUUUUGUCAGUCCUAUGCGCACAGCUCUCUUCGAAGACGAGGUCAUCCAGGCUGCCUACCAGUACGAACAUGCUUUCCGCAGGCUUUUCCUGCACUACGCCACAAGCGACCGCAGCCCUUCCGGAGGGGUGACGCUGACUCUGGAGGAAAGAGCCGAUAAAGCCAUCACGGCCAGAUCCCUCUAUCGGCUGGCACGCGCAACGCGUCUGAUUCCGGACUGCUUGGUGCCAGGCGAGUUUCAAGACGUGGUCAAUGGGCUCCGAUUCCAAAGUGCUGCGCGCGCUGCAGAGAAUCGUUUCUUUCAGGAAGGCCGGAUGCUGCAGCGCGAAGAGGAGCCGAAGUGGCACAUGCCAGCAGAAGGGAUGCUGACUGGCGAGCCACGUUUCUUCUUUCCAGAAAUGCUGGAGAUCCUGGUUGCUGCAUCCUUCCACACACCUCCCCGGCUUUACUCGGAGCCCGUACAGGACCGUGUCGAGCGCAUCCAUGAGAUUUUUGGUGACUUGCUGCAGCUGCCGCGGGAAGAGGCCUUCAGGGUGGAUCUUUACUUGAAGGCCACCACGGGCUUUCACGAUACGCAGGAGCUGGCAGAAGAUUUGGAGAUCAGUCCCCAGAGCCUGGAUGAGGUGAUGCAAGCGAUUGAUGCAGAACUGCCCUUGCUCGCCGAGAGAAAGGUAUGUGAAUUUGGCUGUCCGGCGGGUGUGCCGCUUCUCACACUGCUUUUCUGGCUGAAGGAUCCCCACAUUCCGAAGCCGCCUGCGCACGUGGUGGAUAAGUCCUGGAUGCCAUGUGGCAUUGCUGCUGUUAUCACUCAAUCCGAGGACGACAUGCAGAGGAGAAAUCCCUUGGGCAAGACAGUAGCCGGUGGCAAGAAGAAGGGGCAAACCCGACACUCUUUGGGGUGUAUGCGGCAUGGCAUGGGUGCUGCUGCCAACAUAGGCGAGAAGAAGGCAAAGGGUGCCAAGCAGCCCAAGAAGCGGGAGCUUUUCUAUGGAAAGCUUCCGGUGAAAUGGAACCAGGUACAGUGGCUGGGGAAAAGACCAGAGCCACCAAAAGUUGUGAUCCCUCCGAUGUGGCAGACGGACAGCAAAGCAGCGAUGCUGCGGCCGCGGAACCUGGACGAACACAUCCUGCAGGAACGUGAGGAGUCGCGGGCCUUGAACACUCCAUCCACUGGCUGGGUUCUUCGUCUACAGCUCAUUGAUGAGCCCUUGCGGGCGCCUGUCUGCUCGAAGAGCGAAGAGGUGACCACACUGAUGGAGGCAGCAUCGGCUUCCCGGAGGCUCCGGCAGUACGACAGCGCCAUGGCCCUCCUGAUCCGGGCCCGGCAGCUUUGGGUGGCAGUGGAGGCCAGACAGCCGAGGGCCGCGGAGUGGGAAGACGUGCAAGCCUUGGUGCCUACGCCAUCUCCUUGGAGCUCAAGCGCAGACAGCGCGAGUCCGGUGCAGAGGUGGGCAGGAGCUACCGAAGCCGGGAGCCCGGAGGACCAGGAGGAACUGGAUCGCACCAUUUUCCCAGAUGAUCUCGGGGGACGGCACUCCCAAGGCAUGGCCUUUGGUCGCAGCCGCACAGAGACGCUGCCGCGAGACAUCCGUGCUGGAGAGCAGGUUCAUCGGAGCAUGACUGAUCGUUUGGGUCGCACCAGUCCGGAGAGCGACGACCGGGCGAUGCCGCAUGCACCUCUGGACUCCCUGGAACGCCGGCGCCAACGAAUGGCUUCAAGGGGCUCGUUCCAGCAGAGCGACGCCCCGCAGUCGGCACGGGGCCGCUCACCUACGAGUCGAGCCGCCACUCGAAGCCCCGGUGCAACGAGGAAGUACAACCCCAAGACCGACUUUCCGUCUGCACUGGGUGAUCAGGAGGACCUCGAGCGAAUCCCUCCACAGGCGGCGCUCUUCUUCUUCUGUGAGCUAGCAUCCCUACACUCUACCGUCCAGGAGGAUGAGCUCGCUGCGCAGCUGCUCUGGCGUGCUUUGGAACACAGCCGGAGGCUUCCGGCACAGGAUGCAAACGUGGCGAUGGUGUGGAACGGCCUCGGUCGAGUGGCCUUCCACAUCGGCAGAUUUGAAGAUGCCACGCGCCUCCACAUGCGGGCCCGCAGCAUUCGUGAGAAGGCCCUCGGUGGGGAUACCAUCGACACGGCCACUUCUUACAAUAAUCUCGCCUGCUGCCUCGCUGCGUUGGACCGGCACACCGAGGCAGCGGCAUUUACGGAGCUUGCUGUGGAGAUCUUGAAAGAACUGGCCGGAGAGGACAUUGUGCAUCAGGUACUAGAUGAUGCCUGGAUCAUCGCACAGUUAAUCACUUGGUAA